ACAGUGUUAACCAAGCCACUUAUCAGAAAGAUGUGGAGGAAGAAGUUCUAGAACCAACAUGUGAUUUGACGGAGCUAGAGGAUGUUGAACCUGGAAUCCAAACCAACAAUCGCCGAGGGGCGAAUCGGAGGAAAUCUUACACCAUAGAUUCAAAAUAAAAACUCUGGAUCUUCUAGACACCAUGAAAGAGCUAAAAACAAAAAAGCUCUGGGAAAAAGUUGCAGAAAGAAGUGGAGUCAGCAAAUCAUUGGUUGUUAARUGGAACAAGGACCGGGAAAAACUUCUAAGUGAGCUAGCUCUCAACAAGAAAAACAAGAACAAUGGCACAUUAAGACCUACGCGACAACGAAGACAACUUGUGAGCGGGAAACUAAAAGCUGAGAAGUUUCCACUCGCAGCUCAGCGUGUUGUUGUGGAGUUUAAACUCCGAAGAGCAAAAGGAUGCAAGGUUUCUAAACUGUGGCUAAAAAAGAAAAUGAAGGAAAAGAUUGAAGCAUGUUAUGGAAAAGAAGCAGCACAGRCAUUSAAAGCUAGUGACAMCUGGUUUCAGCGGUUCAAAAAGCGCCAUAACAUUGCCUUCCGGAGACGAUCAAACAAGAAAAAGGCGAUAGCAAGUGAUGGCAAGGAGACAAUCCAACGUUUCCACCGAGAUAUCAGAACAUCUCUGAAAACAACAAGACGGCGACAUACCACUCAGCCAGAUGGUAAAUAUGGGCGUUGGCUACCCCAAAACCGAUACAAUGUAGAUCAAGUUCCCCUUCCUUUUGUAAUUGAACAAGAUAAGACCUACGAAGUGAAAGGGAGUGAUCAAGUGUGGGUCUCUCAACCCUCAMGUGGUCUAGACAAGAGACAAGCCACUUUGCAGCUCUGCAUUCGGGCAGAAGGUCCACAAAAUGUCAAGCCAGCUGUUGUAUUUCGGGGAAAAGGAAAUGUCAGUGCAGAAGAGAAAGGUCAAUAUGAUAAAGGGGUUGAUGUAUAUUUCCAGUGUGUGUUUUCCAUGUGCUUGGAUGGACAGUGA